AUGGUGUGCUUCUGCUUUUUGGUUGACCAAACUCAUCAAGUGAGAUGGUGCAAGCCUAUAGUAGGGCUUUGUUCUUGGUGCGGCGGCGGAGCUAGUGUCGCAGAUAUGAAGACCGCCACCAUGUUUUGCUAUGUUCUGUUCUAUUGGAAAUCAUGGAAAGCUAUUAUGUGUACUUUAUGUGGCGCCAUUCUUAAAACUUACUAG